AUGGUGCAUACUUUCCGGUCCCUCACAGUGAACACAGAGGUCCACUGGGGAGUAGGGCUGGCUUACGGAAUGUCUUUGAGGUUCAAAGACAGGAUGGAGCUGUGGAAGGUUUUCCGUGGUGUUGUUUCAUAUGUUAGUGAAGACAUGGAAGGGUUAAAUCAUCAUCUUUACUUAUUUUACCUGGAUUCCAGUUAUCAGUCCUGUGUGGGGACUUUGAUCGCGCCUCAGUGGGUCUUGACGGCAGCACACUGCUUCUUACCCGAUCUUCAGAUCAUCUUCUAUGGCAGUUCCAUAAAUCCUGGAGACUUUACUGGGGAAAUUGUACCUCAUGAGAGGGUCAUCAUUCACCCAAACUUCACUGUUACCUCUCCUAAAGAUGACCUCAUGCUGAUAAAGCUGUCUCUUCCUUUUACCUUCUCCACCAGGAGUUUUCGGUUGUCUACUCUCAAGAAUGGAGUGAAAGAUUGCUUGAUUCUCACUUGGUUAGACAACAAAGACUUUAUUGGAAAUUCAAACUAUAAGCUGCGAAGAGUCGGGAUCCAAUUGAGGUCUAAUAUAAACUGCAAAAAAAUACUGGGUGAAAAACUGCUUGAAGACAUGUUCUGUAUAGGACCCACGCUAGGAAGCCAAGAGCCCUGCAAGGUGGUCACAGCUGCACCAGCCAUAUGUGGCGGUGAAUUACAAGGAAUUUUGUCUUGGGAAACUGGAUGUAUUCUAACAGGAUACACUGUUGUCUUCACUGACCUAUACAACUACGUUCCAUGGAUCAAGAACAUUAUGUCUACAAAAUAAGCUGAUAUAGAGCUCCAUUGACACCCUUACCUCGCAGCUGAUCCACAGCAACCCCAUUAUGUAUCUCAGUCCCAGUCUUUCCUAGGAUCUAGGUUUGAUUGGAGUUCCAAAAGAGAUCGUCGAUGACUCCUGCAUGUUGGCAUGACUCUAGUCUCUUUAACUGCUCCUUCACUUAUUCCUAACUCAUGACUAAAUGUUUAUAACAUUGAAAACAUGAGUGCUGGUCUCAGGAGGUGGAAUUCACCCAGGAAUCUAUUUGGAUUCUACCAACUCAGAUAUUUCUGUUAAAAUACUCUCUGCCUUAUCUUAAGAAC